UAUAUAAAACUGGUGUUAUUUAUAAGUGAAGGUCAAGAAUCUGAGCUAGAAUGUUUGUAAAAAUCAUGAGGCACCAAACAAAGACAUUUUUUACUUUCAAAAAUGUUAAAAUAUCGACAAGGAAUAUAAGUAAUCGACCAGAUUUUACUAAAAAUAGGUACAAAAUAACAAGAGGCAAUUACAAUUAUUUACAUGAAGAGCACAUACAUUAUUUUCAAAAUCUUUUGGGAGAGAGCAGAAUCGUUAUGGAUCUGUCAGAUUUGGAAAAAUAUAAUGUGGACUGGUUUAACCAAGUGAGAGGAUGCUCCAGCAUUGUUCUUAAACCCAAGACAACAGAAGAAGUAUCAAAUAUAUUACGGUUCUGCGACUUAAACAAACUAGCUGUGUGUCCACAAGGAGGCAACACAAGCGUUCUAGGUGGCUCAGUUCCCGUUUUUGAUGAGGUAAUUAUUUCCACUGAACUUAUGAACGAAAUUGUCGAUUUAGACGAGCAUUCAGGUGUUAUAACUUGUCAAGCUGGAUGUAUUUUAGAGAAUAUUGAUAAUUAUUUAGAAACAAAGGGACUAAUUGUGCCGCUGGAUCUUGGUGCAAAAGGAACAUGCCAUAUUGGGGGAAACGUAUCCACUAAUGCUGGAGGAAUGAGGUUGAUCCAGUUUGGAAACAUGCACGGAAAUAUUCUGGGGAUUGAGGCCGUUAAAGCAAAUGGGGACGUUGUAGACUGCCUAAGUACACUAAAGAAGGAUAACACAGGGUACCACUUAAAACACCUCUUCAUAGGAUCUGAAGGUACCCUAGGAUUUGUAACCAAAGUAGCUUUGCAAUGUCCUGCUCGUCCAAAAUUUAGAAAUGUGGCAUUCUUAGGGUUACAAAACUUUGUAAAGGUUCUGAAAACUUUCAAGCUCCUUAGGCAGCGACUAGCAGAGAUUCUUUCAGCUGUUGAAGUGAUAGAUACGCCUACAAUGGAAUUUAUAAAGAACGUGAACAGUCAAAAUUCACCAAUCGGCGAAUAUCCUUUCUACUUAAUGAUCGAAACAUCUGGCAGCAACGAACGACACGACGAGGAAAAGUUAAGUGGAUUUUUUGAAGAAGCAAUACAUAAAGGAUUGGUGCUGAAUGGUAUUGUGGCAAAUGAACCUGCGAAAAUCCAGAAAAUAUGGUCAGUAAGAGAAAACAUAGCAAAUGGUUUCAAAGCCCGUGGAUCUAAAAUGUUGCAAUACGAUAUCUCAUUACCUUUUAAGGACUAUUAUAACAUAAUGGAACCAAUUAGAGAAUAUACUAAGGAUGUUAGCGAAACAGUAUUUGGAUUUGGACACAUGGGCGACGGAAACCUCCAUUUACAAAUUAUUCUAAAAAGUGAUGUAACUGAAAAGAUCAGAAGCAAAAUUAACGAUUUCGUUUUCGAAAAAAUUUUGGAAUUAAAGGGUAGUAUCAGUGCCGAACAUGGUAUUGGCUUGCUGAAAGCUAAAUAUAUGGAUAAAAUUAAACCACAAAGUUCCAUAAAACUCAUGAAGUCUGUAAAAAAAUUAAUGGAUCCGAAUGGUAUUCUUAAUCCAUACAAAGUUUUGUUAUAAGAAAU